UUCCUGCAGAACUUAAACACACACACACACACACGCGCGCACACAUUAAGGCACCUCUUAAAAACAGGCAGCAUUAGCUCUGACAACAAGCCAGCUUUCACAACAGAGAGUAGGCAAUGAGCAGCGGGGUGUGGUUUCCUGCACUGGGGCUGGUGGCCUGGAUGUGCUGCCUCAGUCUGGGGCCCGUUCAGGGGGGGAAGGUGCUGGUUAUGCCUGUGGAUGGGAGCCACUGGCUUAGCAUGAAGAUACUGGUUAAGGAGCUCACCCGCAGGGGCCAUGAGGUCUUGGUCCUGGUGCCUGAAACCAGCCUGUUAAUUCAAGGCUCAGAGAGCUACAAGACUGAGAUCUACCAAGUGUCAUACACCAAAUCUGAACUGGAUGGAACUUUCAACCAGCUGAAGGAUGGAGUGUUCCUCAAGCCACCAGGAAUUUCAGAUUUGUUUGUCAAUGUGGAACGUUUGGUUAACUUUACUUCAUUGCAGGUGAAAGGUUGCGAGAGUUUGCUUAACAACCAGCCUCUUAUGAGACAACUGAGGGAAGGGGGCUUCGAACUUGUGCUAACAGACCCCUUCCUUCCCUGCGGCUCCAUCCUGGCUCAUGACUUCUCCAUUCCAGCUGUUUAUUUCCUGCGGGGACUUCCAUGUCAGCUGGAUGUGAAGGCUAACCAGUGCCCCUCUCCUCCUUCCUAUGUUCCUGUGUUCUUCUCUGAUAAUACAGACACUAUGACUUUCCUACAGAGAGUAAAAAACAUGGGCAUGUCUUUUGUUGAGUCUUACUUAUGCAAAGUAAUCUAUGGUCACUUUGACGAUCUGGUCAGCAGGUACUUUGAAGACAGCAUGACCUACAAGGAUCUUCUUAGUCAUGGUGCUAUCUGGCUUCUCAGAUAUGAUUUUACUUUUGAAUGGCCCAGACCCGUCAUGCCAAACGUGGUUUUUAUUGGAGGUAUCAACUGUGCAAAGAAAGCUCCUCUGCCAGCGGACCUGGCGGAGUUUGUGGAUGGCUCAGGAGACGACGGAUUUAUUGUCUUUACCCUGGGCUCAAUGGUGUCCAACAUGCCUGAGGAGAAGGCUAAACACUUCUUUGAUGCUUUUCGUCAAAUUCCUCAAAGGGUUGUCUGGAGGUACACUGGAGUCACACCUGAGCAUGUACCUAAGAACGUCAGGCUUAUGAAGUGGCUACCUCAGAACGAUCUGCUAGCCCAUCCCAAGGCUAAAGUUUUCAUCACUCAUGGAGGUACCCAUGGUAUCUAUGAGGGUAUCUGUAAUGCUGUACCCAUGUUGAUGUUUCCACUGUUUGGGGACCAGGGAGACAAUGUACAUCGCAUGGUGGUCCGUGGUGUCGCAGAGAAACUCAGUAUAUAUGAUGUGACGACUGAAAAAAUAUUGGCUGCACUGAAUAAUAUCAUCCAUGAUAAGAGUUACAAAGAGAAAAUAGUGGAGCUGUCUCAUAUUCACCUGGACCGUCCCAUUGAGCCUCUGGAUCUGGCUGUUUUCUGGACCGAGUUCACCAUGAGACACAAAGGAGCUACACACCUGAGAGUGGCUGCACAUGAGUUGAACUGGAUUCAGUACCACAGCCUGGAUGUCAUCUGCUUUUUUGUUAUAAUUCUCCUAACUGUUCUGUGGGUGACACUGAAAUGUUGCUUGUUCUGCACCCGCAAGUGUUGCAGAAAGGGAACUGCGAAGAGAAAAUCAGAUUAAUGUUUCUAAUGCAUUAAGGUUUAUAAAUUCUGUGAUGAAGUGAAUAGUGGAGGUUGAAACACUGCAGUGAGAUUUCACACUGAUGUAAUGUAUGUGUGUGUGUAAUGUGUGUAUAUAUAUGUGUGUUUUUAAAAUCUCAGCCAAAGUGCCAUCACUACAUUGUCUUAUACAUUCACAGCAUGAUGCUGUCAAUGAUUGACUGAAGCCAUCAUUUGGAAAACAAACUUCCAACCAAAUAAAAUGUUUUAAUUA